AUGGGUUACAACGCAGAGCAGAGCCAAAAUUCCUCUUCAGUUCUUGUAGAAAAGGUUAAGGAGAAAGACAGGCUUCAGGAGCAGAUCAAGGCUAUUGACAGCUCCACUGUUCUGGGUGUGCCGUCACAACAGGAGCACAAAAGCAGCCUUGAGAAGGCGAGGAUGACAAUAUUGGAGAAGACUAGGAAGGUGUUCAGGAUUCGUAACAGUACCAUAAGAGAGAUGAUGGCAGAAGCACUGGGAACAUUCAUCCUCAUGGUUUUUGGCUUAUCUUCUGUGGCACAAGUGGUAUUGGGAAAAGGAAACAAUGGUCAGUAUCUGAGCAUCAAUCUGGCAUUUGGGAUUGGUACUACCUUGGGCGUCUAUGCGGCUGGAGGAGUAUCUGGAGCUCAUCUGAAUGCCGCCAUCACCAUUACACAAUGCGUUUUAGGGAAUAUCUCCUGGACAACACUUACAGCUUAUAUAAUCGGCCAGUUCCUGGGUUCCUUUAUGGCAGCAGCCACCGUCUUUGCUGUCUACUAUGAUGCUAUUUAUGACUACACCCAAGGAAACCUUACAGUGUCAGGACCAACUGCCACAGCGAUGAUCUUCUCUACUUACCCUGCUCCCAAUGUAUCCUUGCAGGGAGCCUUCUUCACAGAGUUUACAGCGACAGUUUUGCUGAUCCUGGGUGUUCUAGUCAUCCAUGAUGAGAAAAACAACGCGGCCAUCAAAGGUGCUCAGCCCAUGCUCACGGGUAUGCUGGUCCUGGGCAUUGGUCUGGGAAUGGGGCUGAACACAGGCUAUGCCAUAAACCCCUCCAGGGACCUGCCCCCCCGGAUCUUCACGGCAAUUGCUGGCUGGGGAACGGCCGUCUUCACGGCUGACCAUUCCUGGUGGUGGGUCCCAGUCACAGCUCCAAUUCUGGGAUGUCUUUUUGGUGUUUUCAUCUACAAACUCUGCAUUGACUUUCACAACCACCCUGGCCAUGAAACUGAACACGAGAAAGAACAGGCAGACAUGGAGACUUCAAGACUGUGACAGCCAUGUGCUGUGAUGACACAUGUGAAGGGCACAGCUGUUUGUCCACCUUUUAGGUGGACAGAUGAGGGACUAGAUUUCAGUAAACCUACUCUGCUUAAACAGACAAACUUGGUAUCUAAGAUAUUGAGCAGACCUGUGUAGGGGUAGACCUGACUGUGACCUGAAGAAAUGAUUUAAUCUCUCUGUGAAAAAAUUUACAAAAAACACCAACCCCAAAAACCAAAAAACCCCAAAACAAAACUCAACCCUCAAUCAUCAUAUCCUGAAGAAAAACAAAGCAGAGCUACAAGUCUCCAGAUAUGUACCUAUUCAUAUAAAUCAAAAUACAGGCAUCAACAGUGGCAGAUACAUGAUUUAGUUAAUUAACACAGAAAUAUUUAUCUGGAAUAUUCCUUGGUAAGAGGCACCAGUGGCCUAGGCUUGCUUAAUGUGCAUAUUUGUCACCCUAACAAACACCUAGUUUGGAACAGCACAAAAGAGAGAACAAGGACAAUCUAAAAUAGAAACAUGAACCUGUCGGGUUGUUUGGGGUUUUUUAUGCGUUGUUUUUUUUUUUGUUUGUUUUUGUUUUUUGAUCUGAACAUUCAGGAAGCAUUAAAAAUUUACUAAACUAAACUACAGGGUCUCCUGAAUCCUGCCACAGUUCUUCUGGAACACGCUGGCAUCAAAGAACCAUGAGUGUACUGACACUCUAGAGUUGAACUACACCAACUACCACCACAAGAAAGAAGUCAGAGAAAUUCUGUGACAGCGUCUCCAAAAACCUGAACAAACUGCCCUCCCCUUUAUUUUUUUUCUACUCUGAAUGCAUGAGAAAUGUAAGAGGUUGCCCCUCUGCUGCAGGAAUUCUGCUACCUCCAGCUGAAUGAGGAAGUGAGCCUGCAACAGCCUUUUAAGUUUGAGGUGUCACUGGAUUAAAAGCAGAACACUAUCAGUAGCUGGCUGUUCUCACGAGGGUGACAACAGUCUUACCUUUUCUAGCAAGUGCUUACACAAGUAUGGUACAUAUGUCAAGCACACUACUGCAGUCCCUAGGCUGGGUGCCAUGAAUAAACAAUGUGGAGAUCUCCAAGAGUAGGAAGAGACAGAACAUCACUACUGCAAAGAAUUCCAGAAAAGGGCUGGAAAUGGCUGGUUUCAACGAUCAUUCCCAUCCCAAUAUUGAAAGUAUAACUGAGGUAUUGCUAGGACAUGGGGUGGGGUUGGGUGGGAAGUACUGACAUGUGUGCUUUCUCAUUAGAGCUCACUUUUUAUCAGUAGAGGAGCUACAACAGAUCUUCACGUGUCUCAAAAUGCACAUGGGCUUGAGAGGGUGCAUUAGAGGAUUUCUUGUCAUCUGGGGAUGGCAGAGUGGCUGCCAGGCAAUGCAGCAACGGCAUUUGAAGGUGGGCCCUUGGCAGUGCUGGAAGCAGCAAAACACACCUGAGAAGGGGCUGAUGGCUACAGAGAUUGUAGGACAGAAGUAGAACAGCUGCCACACACUUUAGUCUUUUGGCCUGUGUGAAAUAAACUGGAAAUUUC